UUGGGUCUUUCCCAGUACUUUAUUUUAUUUCUACUGUCCGGAAUGUGCUUCGUAUCGUCUGUCUCCUACGCUGUGACGAAAUUCCUCUGGGCUUUACCUCCACCUUCCCCUCGGAAGAUUUCCACAGUCUGUCAUCCCUCUAAACGGCUAAAGUGUUUAAUCCCACCGCUUCGUUGGUUGACCAUCGCGGAGAGUGGCGGACGCUGCUGUCCCCACCUCCGAGCUGGGAAGAACUCGGCUUUCGUUGGCUUUCUGCAUGCACGCGAAUGCACUUCGCCGGCUGCGACUUGCGGGCACUCGCCGGACUUGUGCCACCCGUGCCAACUUUUAGUGUCUUUGUGUGUCCUUUCGGCACCAAACGAUCCCCGGGGUGGAGGGCUUGAUGUUUGAGUCUUUGCUCAGCCCCACGUUGUGGUGAAAAACUCUGGACAUGGAUGGUGCCAAGAAAGAAGCCCCUCCAGGGGGCGAUGGAGAGAAAUCCGACACCCUGGGGUCGACCGGCUCGGCCAAAAAGCGAGGAGGGGGGGCCAAGAAGGCCAUGCAGGCUAACAAGUCCGCCCUCAGAGCCCCCCGAGCCCUCUGUUGCCUCACCCUCAGCAACCCCAUCCGCAUGGCGGCACUGGCCCUGGUGGAGUGGAAACCCUUCGAUAUCUUCAUCCUGCUUGCCAUCUUUGCCAAUUGUGUGGCCAUGGGGGUCACCAAGCCGUACCCUGAUGAUGACUCCAACGCGACCAAUCACAAAUUGGAACAAGUGGAGUACGUCUUCCUGGUCAUCUUCACCAUCGAGACUUUCACAAAAAUUCUCGCCUACGGCUUAGUCAUGCACCCCAGCGCCUACAUACGCAGUGGAUGGAACUUGCUUGAUUUCAUCAUCGUCAUUGUCGGGCUGUUCAGCGUCAUAGCGGAAGGCAUGACCGACCACAAGCCAGGAGAGGCCCAUCAUGCUGCGGGGAAACCCGGAGGCCUGGACGUAAAAGCUCUGAGAGCCUUCAGGGUGUUGAGGCCGCUCCGACUCGUCUCCGGAGUGCCAAGCCUGCAGAUUGUGUUGAAUUCCAUCAUGAAAGCCAUGGUGCCGCUCCUUCACAUCGGUAUGCUGGUCAUGUUCGUCAUCAUCAUCUACGCCAUCAUCGGCUUGGAACUUUUUAUCGGCAGGAUGCACAAGACGUGCUACUUCUCCAGCACAGGUAUGAUGGUGGAGGACGAUCCGUCACCUUGCGCGUUCGCGGGCAGCGGUCGCUUCUGCGUGGGCAACGGGAGCGAGUGCAGGGGCAAGUGGGAGGGUCCCAACGGCGGCAUCACCAAUUUCGACAACAUUUUCUUUGCCAUGCUGACCGUCUUCCAGUGCAUCACCAUGGAAGGCUGGACAGACGUGCUCUACUGGAUGAAUGACGCCAUCGGUUUUGAGAUCCCGUGGGUGUAUUUUGUUUCUUUGGUCAUCUUUGGUUCCUUUUUCAUCAUCAAUCUCGUUUUGGGUGUGUUGAGCGGAGAGUUUUCUAAGGAAAGGGAAAAGGCCGUGGCUCGCGGUGAGCUGCAGAAGGCACAAGAGAGCAAACAGAUGGAGGAAGACAUGAUUGGCUACAUGGACUGGCUCAUCGAGGCCGAGGAUGUGGAUGAAGAAGGAAAUAAACGAGCGGCAAUUGCCAAGAAGAAAAUGAUGAAGAAGUUUGGCUGGUACAAACACAGUGAGGAAGGAGAAUCGGACUCGGAUGAUGACAUAGCGUACCUCGACGACGACAGCGGCUUCUGUGCCUCUCUCAUGGCCAAGAUGAUGGCCAACAGCUUCUGUGACCAAUUGUGCCAGUUGAACCACACGUUCAGGAAGAACUGCCGCGUGGCCGUCAAAACCACCAACUUCUACUGGCUGGUCCUUCUUCUGGUGUUUCUCAACACGGUGGCCAGUGCCUCGGAGCAUUACGGGCAACCAAAGUGGCUGACAGAAAUGCAAGAGCGAGCCAAUAAGAUCCUGCUUCUGCUCUUCACGCUGGAGAUGCUGAUGAAGAUGUACGCCUUUGGCCUGCAGAUCUAUUUCAUGGCCCUCUUCAAUCGCUUCGACUGUUUUGUGGUGUGCGGUGGCAUCCUGGAGACGCUGCUGGUGGAGUGGGACUUUAUCCCACCCAUCGGCAUCUCUGUGCUCCGCUGCAUCCGCCUGCUAAGGAUUUUCAAGAUGACUCGACACUGGGCGGCCUUGUCCGACUUGGUCAACUCUCUGCUCAACUCCAUGAAAGCCAUCUGCUCCCUCCUGCUGCUGCUCUUCCUCUUCCUCAUCAUCUUCGCCCUGCUAGGCAUGCAGUUGUUUGGAGGCAAAUUUAACUUUGACGAGACUCAAAUGAAGAGAAGCACGUUCGACUCCUUCCCUCAAGCGCUGCUCACUUGCUUUCAGAUCCUCACCGGAGAGGAUUGGAACGCUGUGAUGUACGACGGCAUCAUGGCCUACGGAGGCCCGGUCUUCCCCAAUAUGGUGGUCUGCAUUUACUUUGUCAUCCUUUUUGUCUGCGGCAACUACAUCCUGCUCAAUGUCUUCUUGGCUAUCGCUGUCGACAACUUGGCUGGAGGUGGCGGGCAGAAAAAAGUCGAGGAGAAAAAAGAUGACGAAGAAGAGUGGGAUGACGAGGACGAGAAAGAGGAUGAAGAUGCAGGGAACGAGGACGACGACUGGCAGGAGAAUGAAGAGUUGAGGGCCAUCGAGGGGCUGGAGGGAGUUGCCCCAUUAAAGCCAGAGUUCUCCGGUCCCAAAGAAAAGAUUGUGCCCAUUCCUGACGGAAGCUCCUUCUUCAUUCUGGGAAAGAAGAACUGCUUGCGAGUCGCCUGUCACAACCUCAUCCAUCACCCCUACUUCACCAACUUCAUCCUCAUCUUCAUCAUCCUCAGCAGCAUCUCUCUGGCCGCUGAGGACCCCAUCAAAUCGCACUCAUUCAGGAACAUUGUGCUGGGGUACGCCGACUAUGUGUUCACGUCAGUGUUCACAGUGGAGAUCGUGCUCAAGAUGACCGUGUACGGAGCUUUCCUGCACACGGGCUCCUUCUGCAGGAACGCCUUCAACCUGCUCGACUUGCUGGUGGUCAGCGUGUCGCUCACCUCCUUCUUUCUUCAUUCCAGCGCUAUUUCUGUGGUGAAGAUUCUCAGGGUGCUCCGUGUGCUCAGACCUCUGCGUGCCAUCAACAGAGCCAAGGGACUCAAAAAUGUGGUGCAGUGCGUGUUUGUGGCGAUCCGCACCAUCGGCAACAUCUUGAUCGUCACCACGCUCCUCCAGUUCAUGUUUGCCUGCAUCGGCGUGCAGCUCUUCAAGGGACGAUUCUACAGCUGCACGGAUGAAGCCAAACACACGCCUGACGAGUGCAAGGGAACCUUUGUGGUGUAUAAAGACGGGGAUAUUAACCAUCCCAUUAUGAAAGAGAGGAUCUGGCAAAACAGCGACUUCAACUUUGACAACGUGCUGAUGGGCAUGCUGGCGCUCUUCACCGUGUCCACGUUUGAAGGCUGGCCACAGCUCCUUUACCGCGCCGUGGACGCCAACGCCAUCAACCACGGACCCAUUUACAACUACCGAGUGGAAAUCUCCAUCUUUUUCAUCAUCUACAUCAUCAUCAUCGCCUUCUUCAUGAUGAACAUUUUCGUGGGCUUUGUCAUCAUCACCUUUCGGGAACAAGGAGAGGCUGAAUUCAAAAACUGCGAACUCAACAAAAACCAGCGCCAGUGUGUGUAUUACGCGCUGAAAGCUCAGCCCAUCAAGAUUUACAUCCCCAAAAAUCCAUCCCAGCUCAAAUUCUGGAAGAUUAUCAACUCCAGCCAGUUUGAAUACGUCAUGUUUGUGCUGAUUCUUGGCAACACGCUCACGCUGGCUGUGCAGCAUUAUGAGCAGUCCAAACUGUUCACGUCGGUCAUGGACAUCCUCAACAUGAUCUUCACGGUGGUGUUCACUAUCGAGAUGAUCAUCAAGUUGCUGGCUCUGCGGGCUCAUCAUUAUUUUAUUGAUCCAUGGAAUUCCUUCGACGCUUUAAUUGUGGUGGGGAGCGUGUUGGACAUCGCAGUCUCCGAGUUAAGCGGAGGAGGAGGCCACGGUGAGGGGAAAGGCGAAAGCGGCAAAGUUUCCAUCACAUUCUUCCGCUUGUUUCGAGUGUUGCGAUUGGUCAAACUGCUGAGUAAAGGAGAAGGCAUUCGAACUCUCCUCUGGACUUUUGUCAAGUCCCUUCAGGCUUUGCCUUACGUCGGGCUGCUCAUUGCAAUGAUCUUCUUCAUCUAUGCCGUCAUUGGUAUGCAGACGUUCGGGAAAGUGGCUGUGGAUGACAACACGCAUAUCAACAGAAACUGCAAUUUUCAAACCUUCUUCAUGGCCGUUCUGGUGUUAUUCAGGUGUGCCACCGGAGAGCAGUGGCAGGAGAUCAUGUUGGCCGCGCUGCCCGGCAGACGUUGCGACCCUGAAUCUGACACCGAACCUGGGGAAGAGUUCUCCUGCGGGAGCAACUUAUCUUACAUCUAUUUCAUCAGCUUCUUCAUGCUCUGCGCUUACCUGAUUAUCAAUUUGUUCAUCGCUGUCAUCAUGGACAACUUUGAGUACCUAACAAGAGACUGGACCGUACUGGGAACCCACCACCUGGAUGAGUUUAAGAGAGUUUGGUCCGACUAUGAUCCUGAGGCCACCGGCCGCAUUAAGCACAUUGACAUCAUCACGAUGUUGCGGCGAAUUCAGCCCCCUCUUGGUUUUGGAAAACUUUGUCCUCACCGUGUUGCUUGCAAAAGGCUGGUUUCUAUGAACGUGCCGCUGCACCCCGAUGGGACGGUCACCUUCAAUGCGACUUUGUUUGCUCUGGUGCGGACGUCCCUCAAGAUUAAGACUGAAGGGCCCAUCGAUCAGCAGAACGAAGAGCUCAAACUCAUCAUCAAGAAACUCUGGAAGCGGACCAAGCCCAAGCUCUUAGAUGAAAUCAUCCCUCCCCCUAGAGGGGAUGAGGUGACUUGUGGGAAAUUUUAUGCCAGCUUUUUGAUUCAGGACUAUUUCAAAAAAUACCGCAAAAGAAAAGAGAGGGAACGGAAGUCUAAAAAGAAGGACAAGGCCGCCUCUCUUCAGCAAGGUCUGCGGACGCUGCAGGAUCUGGCUCCAGAGAUGCGGCUGGCGAUGGCGUGCGACCUGGAAGAGGAAGAGGGCGCAGAUGAGAUAUUUUACAGCGAUCACGGAACCUCGGUCACCACCACGCCCGCCAGCACGCCCAUGCCGCCCGUAGAAGCGCUGGUGCAGCAGACCGCCGUCAUCAUGGAAGCGGACGCCGGCCCUAGUGUGAUCACGCAGCAGGUGACGGGUCUGAGUGACGGCUUCCAGACCAACGUGUCAGAAGUAGCCGGGGAGAGUGUCGUCACAGAACAGCCAACAAGGUCGGAAGCUCUGCCCAGCAGGGCGGAUUCCAUCAGCGACCUGCCUCCUCCUCCCGACACUACAGAGUUCAUAGGUCAGGAAGCAACUGCACCUCUAGUGGCUGAGCAAGUUCCUAACUGUGAGGGAGAUUCUGCAAAUCUCGCAUUUGAAGAACGGUACGGGUUUCCCGAGUCUGCGUCUCCUUUACCACCGGAGCCAGACUUUAACGGGCAGAGCCUCGAUCGAGCCAGCAGCAUUGGCGAGCUGUCGUAUGACGUCAAUGUAUCGGCUAACUGUUACAACGGAAGCACCGCGAACGGGGUAGGGAGUAUCAAUGGGGAGCCCUACCCGACACACGCAUAUAAUGGUAAUGGAUACUCGACUUACAACGAGGACGGCAGCAGCAUUGUCAGCACCAACGGUAAUGGCAGCACUGUGAACGGAGGUUACGCAGCAAACGACUACAAUGGAAGCAAUGGCGGUGGCGCACAGUUUGUCAGGAGGAGGCUGCUUCCUUCCAUACCCAAAGGUCGUAAGCCCACCUUUAACUUCCAAUGUCUGAGGCCACAGAGCAGCGUAGAUGAACUUCCCAUCCCGGGAAAUUACCACGGCAACACAUCCCCAACCAGGUCUCGUCUCCAGACGCAGCACAGCCUGGACUCCCGCCCCAGUAGCGUGUCGUCGUCGUCGUCCGUCUCGUGGGCCAACAACGUGGCAGCCGGCAACACCCCCGGUCCUGGGUCCAUCGCCCCGUUGGGGCGCAGGGGCAAACUGAUCUACACCCCCAUGAUCUUGGUGGAUGAAACAACUGGAAUCAGUCAGCCGCUGUGGAGCGACGGCUCAGCUAGCCUCCCUGCGGGAAGCCGUCCCGGCUGGUACUCUGGUCAGAGCGGAACCUAUGGCAGCUUGAGGGUGCCGCCUGCCAAACAGAGCUUUGUGGACAAAGGCAGCGCAGACAGUCUGGUAGAGUCGAUCCUGAUCUCCGAAGGUCUGGGCAUCUACGCCAAGGACCCCAAGUUUGUGAGUUUUGCCAAGCGGGAAAUCGCCGAAGCUUGUCACAUGAGCUUGGACGAGAUGGAGAGCGCAGCCGCCGACCUGAUUGCCCGCGGGGCCGGCCAGUCAGUUUCUCACUUUGAGGACCAGCUGGCCGACGAAAUGAACUGCGUGAUUUCGUACUGAAUCGGACGGACGUACGAGGGAUGAGGUGGAAGAAACACCUGAAAGAGAGAGAAAGAAAGAGAACGCGCUUGCCAUCGUUUGUGUCCUAUGGUCAACCUGUUUGUUUGAUGUUUGCCGAGAAUAAAUGGAAAAGCAGCCAGCCAUGUCUGGCACAUUGCAAAUUAGCGCAAGGGUGGGCAAUGUAUGGCCAGUCCAAACCAACAAGCUUUUAAGUGUUCACGAGUCCUGGAAUAUUUUUUGCAUUCAUUGAACCAAAAAAUGAUUACUUAAAAUUGAUGUAACAUUAUUUUAUGUAUUUCUAUUCAUUUAUCUCUUAUUUUACAAAUGACCUCCAUCCAUCUUGUCUGUUUUAAAACUCAAAUUACAAAAAGUUGCCCACUCUUGCCGUAUGUUCAGGAAUCACCACGGAAGCAUGAUUGUAUCAGGACCCAACAAAGACUUUUAUGAACAAUAGAGCCACAGUUUUUAUUGUAAUGGCCUAUUUUGGUUUUGCAUUGGACUUUCAUUUUUUACUGUACUUGAAUUACCACUUUACACACUGUUAUGUGCAGCUGCAAAUGGCAGUUGAGGGUUUUUUCUUGGUUUUUUUUUUUUUUUUUUUUUUUUGCAUUUAACUUCAAAUACUUUGGACUGUAUAUACUAUUCAAAAGAAUUUCGGGUUUUGUCUUCCAAGUGAAAUUUCAGGAUGAACCUAAAAUGCACUAGAAUCUUUUCAGGUGAACUUAAUUUGACCUAAAAAUGUGAUUUAAUACCUGUAGCCUUGGAAGAGUUGGAAUAUAAACUGCUUCACUUUAUUUUUGGAGACACUCCAUAACAUUUCAAAACCCAAACUGUGCUCUGUUCCGCACAGUUUUGUGGAGGAUGGCUUCGACAACAAAAGCUUGCACACAAAUGCCUUUCAGUCAUGCAUACCAGUCUUGGCUGCAAGGUCGUGCGGUGUCACCAUGUUAGUGGAUUUAAAAAAUAAAAUAAAAAUUGCAAUACAACUGCUAGCCAGACGCUAGCUUCACGUGAGUGACUCUGCUUUAGAAUGCUCAUUGGGCAGCAGCGAAGUCUCCGGGUGACAACAUGGAGGUGGACUUACAAAAAAAAAA